GCCAUCAAGAUGGCGGCGCCCAUGUUGCGGUGCAUUUCCCGGGGUCGGUGGUUUUGUACCCCAGGCCCAUUGGAAGUCUUGCCCCCGGGGCGACGUGAGACCCACUCGGGCGUUAAGGGGUUGCUAGCGAUGCAGAAGGCUCGGGGUUUGUUCAAGGAGUUCUUCCCCGAGAAAGGCACGAAGAUAGAACUGCUAGAGCUCUUCGACGGUAACAGGGCAGGUAACUUUCCCCAGACCAUCUACUGCGGUUUCGACCCUACGGCGGAGUCGCUUCAUGUGGGGCACCUGCUAGCGUUGCUGAGCCUGUUUCACUUCCAAAGAGCCGGACACAACGUGAUCGCGCUAGUGGGAGGUGCCACUGCGCGCCUGGGAGACCCCAGCGGCCGCACGAAGGAGCGCGAGGCGCUGGACGCAAAGCGUGUGAGAAGCAACGCGCACGCCCUACGCCUAGGGCUCGAGACUGUGGCAGCUAAUCACCAGCAGCUCUUCACUGAUGGGCGUAAAUGGGGCAGCUUCACUGUGCUGGACAAUUCGUCGUGGUACCAGGAGCAGCACCUGGUGGACUUCCUAGCGGCAGUGGGCGGCCACUUCCGCAUGGGCACGCUGCUGAGCCGGCUGAGCGUCCAGACUCGGCUUAAGAGCCCGGAGGGCAUGAGCUUGUGCGAGUUCUUAUACCAGGUGCUCCAGGCUUAUGAUUUCUACUACCUUUUCCAACGUUAUGGAUGCCGGGUCCAGCUGGGUGGAUCUGAUCAGCUGGGCAAUAUCAUGUCGGGAUACGAGUUCAUCAACAAGUUGACUGGAGAUGAUGUAUUUGGAAUCACUCUUCCUCUAAUUACAAGUACAACUGGAGCAAAACUGGGAAAGUCUGCUGGCAAUGCUGUUUGGCUAAACAGAGAUAACACAUCUCCAUUUGAAUUGUAUCAGUUCUUUGUCAGGCAGCCAGAUGAUUCAGUAGAAAGGUACCUGAAGCUCUUCACUUUUCUGCCGCUCCCAGAGAUUGAGCACAUCAUGCAGCAGCACGUCAAAGAGCCAGAGAAGCGGGCUCCUCAGAAGAGAUUGGCCGCUGAGGUCACAAAGCUUGUUCAUGGACAGGAAGGGCUGGAUUCUGCUAAAAGGUGUACACAAGCCCUUUAUCAUAGCAGCGUAGAUGCGCUGGAGGUCAUGUCUGACCAAGAGUUAAAAGAGUUGUUUAAAGAAGCUUCCUUUUCUGAAUUAGUUCUUGACCCUGGAACAAGCGUCCUAGAUACAUGUCGCAAAGCAAAUGCCAUUCCAGAUGGUCCCCGGGGGUAUCGGAUGAUAACAGAAGGCGGAGUCAGUAUAAACCACAGACAAGUAACAAAUCCUGAGAGCGUUUUAGUUGUUGGACAACACAUUCUUAAGAAUGGACUUUCGUUACUUAAAAUAGGAAAGCGGAAUUUCUACAUUAUAAAAUGGCUUCAGCUAUGAUGAAACAUCCUUCUGUUGAUUCAGACUGAUCCGUCAUUCAUUCUCAAGACGUGCGAAAGGUUGGCUCCAGAACUUACACCUUCACUUAUGCAAAUCAAGAGAAUGGAGUAUACUCUAGCCUCACAGUGUGAGUAAUUCUUUAUUUACAUAGGUUGGUCAUUAAGUUUGUGUAAUGAUGACAUAUUUUAUUUCCCGAUCCUUUAAACAUUUAGGACUACCAUCAAAAACUGUGAUUUCCAGGGUCAGUCUGUUUUAAAAAUUAUACUUCAUGAAAAAAGUAAAUGCUGUCUUUCCAAUCCUAUCCUUGCUCUCCUUUUUGGACAUAAAGAGGAACGAUGAAAAAGGUAGAAUGUGGAAUUGUGGGUUCUUUUUUAUCAAGUAUACAUCUGAUCCGUCUCACUAGUGUCCACAUUGUUCUAAAACCAGCAGUGCCUCUAGUGUCCACAUUAGAAAUGUGAAAUCUAGUAUUGGAAACUGAUUUUGUUGUUGUUGUUAGGAAGCAAAUAGAGUUCUCCUUAUAAAGAAUAGUUAGAUAAAGCCAUAACUGGAAUGAGAAAUUACAAUAAAAGUAGUUUCUUUUCAAAGAAAAGAUUCAAAUCAGUCAUUGACUUUUCAGAAAGUUUCUAAUUCAGUUUGCCACUCCCUUACCUGUGUUUCAGUGUAACUAAAUUUACACAAUUUUUUUUUUCAGAUUGUAUUAAGGUUGUGAUAUUUUAUACAUUUGGAAACUUUUAAAUUAGUUUUAAAUUUCAACUUCUCUUUCCCAAGCAGAUCACAACUUGAGAUAAACUGAAAACUUAAGUAACCAAAAAAGUAUUAAGAGGCAAUUAUGUUACCAACCCUCCAAUUACAUGAGCAUAUCAAAAGAUACCCUGGUAAGGGAAGUUUUCAGGUCAAAUUUAAAGGAUCUGAAAAAAUAAAAAAAAUAAAGGUUUUGGUUAUUAAGACUUGGUUAAGUUCUAUAGAUAGUAGGAAAGUUAAAUUUCCAGAAGUGUUGCCACAUAUGAAAAAUCAAGGCAAUAGCACCCAAUUUCCCUGAGGAUCAAGUGAAAGGCUUACAACUUACAAAAUGGUUCACAAUAAAACUUCUCUCAGAAAGCCUUACAGGUGGCAGAGCCUGGCUUUAAUGUUCAGGUUCUAGCACCUGCUACCUGGGUUACUUGGAGCAAGUCACUGUUUUCAUAUGCAAAAACAGAGCUGUAAUACUGCAUUUUGCCAUGUAUAAUGUACACCUGUAUACAAUGUGCACACGUUUUUGUGCGCAGUGCACAUGGAUUAUUCCCAUGUUAUGUAAUCAUUAUACCUACGAAUACUGUGCAUCCUUAUUUUUCCCUCAAAAAAACCUGCAUAUUACACACAGCAAAAUAUGGUACUUCAGUGAAUUGUUGAGAGUCUAAUAAGAAAGUCAUAAAACUUUCAUACAGUAUAAACUGUAUUAAACCUGUAUGUUAAAAAGCUAGAAUUUAAACCUUUUUCUGGGACUAAAGUUAGGAAGAAUUCAUUUAUUGAUCAACUUUAAUGUCAUUUCAUACCAGCAAUUUUAUUUACACAGCAAGAACAUAUAGGUAUCCAUUUUAAAUAUCAUAGAUCAUCUCCACAUUUCAGAACUUCACUCAGUUGAAGAGCCAACAAAGGUAUUCUUUCCAUACCUUUCUUGCCUGUUUUUCUUUGUACAGGGUGUAUAGUGCCAGAAAGUGCAUUAUCAUAGCAAGUCUUUAAAGGUAACAUUUAAUUGGAAAUCUAUUUGACAUGUUGGAGAAAGGUGCAUUAAAGGGUUUUUUCCCCUUAAAAAUUCAAAAGGCUAAAAUAGUAGUCAUCUGAUCUGUUUGAAAUAAGUAACUCAUGGAUGGCUAUCAUUUCAAAGCUGAUAAUGAUGGCAAAGUAAUUUUAAAGUGUGCUACUUACUAACACAAUUCAGAGUACCAUGUCAUAUCGGACUGAACCCACUUUUAUGUUUGAGAUCAGUUGGUGAGCCUGUUGUUCUUUAGUACAUGGGUAUCACAAGCUAAAGUUAACAGGUAUAUUCAUAUUGCCAGUAGUCCUUUGUAACUGAUGUAACUUAAAAAGAAUUUAAUAUCUGCAAUAUACAAUUUACUUAACAUGUUACUGGUUAGCAAUAGAACUAGAUUCCUUAAGGAUUUUGACCCUUAUCUUAAAAUUUAUAACAUAUACGAAGAGUCACCUGAGGAGUUUUAAUUGAAUGUAUAUUGUUCUAAACCUCAGCCCCAAAUCCCAGAAUACAAUUUAGUAGUCUGUAAGCCAUUAGGAAUUGUGUGUGUGUGUGCCUGUAUGGGUUUUUUUUAAAUAAGGCUCCACCAUAAUUUCACAUCUUUAGUCUAAUGUAUUUUACUGUGUGAAGCAAAGGAACUAUUACCAACUAAUAUUUAACAGAGAAAAGAUACACUUCUAUGACCAGCACAGUAUUUAGUUUUAAGUCUCACCUCCAAGUGAAUCUUGGAGCAUGGUGUGAGUGUCCCAAUUUAAAGAUGUUCCUGAACUACUACUACACUUGAAAACCAAGGGGAAUUUUUUUUUAGAACCUCUAAAAACCAAAGGAACUGGUUAUCACCAAGUGUUACUAGAUGAUCAAGUCUAGAUGAUUUUUAAUAAAGGAAAAUGUAAUUCAUGCCUUCAGGUUUAA